AUGAAGAAGUUCGGUGUUGCCGCAUUUGAUGAAGUAACUCGAGACUAUGAAACACUCGGUAUCAACUUUGACAGACAAAACCAAGAACUCAAAGAACAGUUGACCAUUUUCCAAGAAAGAUUAGCCGAAUUCGCCAAAGAUAACAAUAAGGAGUUGCGUGCGAAUCCUGAAUUAAGAGUGAAGGUAUUAAAAAUGUGUUCGAAGAUCGGGAUUGAUCCACUAUUGAUAUUUGACAAAGAUAAACAUUUAUUUCAUGUUGACGAUUAUUAUUAUGAAUUGUGCGUGAAAGUGAUAGAAAUAUGUAGGAGAACUAAGGAUUUGAAUGGCGGGAUAAUAGCCUUCGAAGACUUACAUCGGGGCUACUUUAAAGGAACCAAGGUGCAAGUGGAUGAUCUUGAAAAAGCUAUAUCCAUGAUGAAAAGCCUCGAUGGAGGUUUUGAAGUUUUCAUAAUAAAAGGUAAGAAAUACCUAAGGAGCGUUCCAAACGAAUUAACAGGAGACCAGACAAAAAUAUUAGAGAUAUGCUCCAUAUUAGGUCAUGCCAGCAUUGCUUUACUACGCGCAAAUCUGGAAUGGAAAAGCGUCCGGAGUAAAGCUGUACUUGAGGAAAUGGUAGCUAAGGGACUUCUAUGGAUUGAUGAACAGGCAGAUGGUGAAACGUUGUAUUGGGAUCCCGCCUGGAUUAUGCGUACAUACUGA